AUGCGACUUUCGAAGAAGAUUCUAUCGUCUUUCUUGAUUACUACCGCGUAUGCACAUGGUCGAGUAACGCGUAUAACAACUACUACCGGUGACACCUACAAUGGUUGGGAUCCCGCAUCUUCGGAUGACCUGAUACCGCCACAGCCUCUUGCUGCAUGGUCAGCAUCGAACUUAGGCAACAUAUACAUCCCACCCUCUCAAUUCAACACCACAAAUAUUUCCUGCCACUACAACGCCGUCCCCGGCGCUCUCCAAAUUCCUAUAACAGCCGGCGAGGAACUAAAGCUACAAUGGAAUGAAUGGCCAACUUCACACGUCGGGCCUGUGAUGACAUAUCUAGCACAAUGCGAGGGCAGCUGUGCGGACGCAAAGAAAGACGACUUGGAGUGGGUGAAAAUUGAUGAGCUGGGAUGGCUGAACAGUACAGGUUGGAACGUGAUAGAUCUAGGUGGAACAUGGGCGGCGAAUGUACUCAUCGCGAAUGGUUUUUCAUGGGUGGUCAGGAUACCAGAGGUGCUGGAGGAGGGAAGUUAUGUGCUAAGACAUGAGAUUAUCGCGUUGCACGUUGCGGAAAAGGUGGACGGAGCACAAGCAUAUCCGCAGUGCGUGAAUCUCCGGGUGGCGCGAGGGACGGGUGGGGAGGGGAGGAGGUUGGAUGGGGGUGUGAAGGGGGAAGAGUUAUAUGGGAGUAGCGAUGAGGGUAUACUAGUGGAUGUACAUAGGAAGAUUGAGGGAUAUAAGAUUCCUGGACCGAAGGUAUGGGCGUAUGCGACACCGCUUAAACAGGCCAAUCAAUAG